UGCUUAUCUAGCAACAAAAGCGUCAGUACUUAUCCGUAUUUCAUCUUAUUUAUGCAGUAAUUUAAAGUGUAAAAUGGCUUCAGCCAAGGAAGAUAAGAUAGACUUUGACAAACUGGAGCAGGAGCUGAGUGCAGCAGUCACAGCAGAUGAGCGAUAUUGGAGAGAGAACGAUGCCAAGUUCAGGGCCGUCAACCAAAAGGUGGCCACAUAUGAUGAGUUUAGGGAUAUAGUGCUUGCAGCUCAUCUGAAACCUCUGGAGAAGACAGACAAGAUACAACAGGACAGAUUCAAGCAGCCAUGGAAUACCAUUGCUGACUCGGCGUCUUUGUCUUCUUCCAACACUUCUGACACAGACACUUUGCAGAAAAUGGAAAUAAAAAUUCCAAACAAUGGGCAUGAAUUUGCACAAUCCUGGAGGCGCCACUGCAAGACCAGCCAAGACAAGCUUAAUUACCUCCGACACAUUGGAAGCAAAAACUUACAAGCAAUAUUCAAAGCGGAGAUCAGUUUUGGUCUUCUAGGAGAAAUUAUAGACGCACUUCUUAAUGACUUGUCUGACAAUAUUUUUGUAGUGGAAGUACUGGAGAGUUUGACCCUUGCUGGGCGCUUUGGUUUAUCACUGACAUUUUUAAGCAGCUCAGAGAAAGAAAACUGUGAAAAGCUAUUUAGCAAGCUUGAUGGAGAAAUUCCAGAGGAUAACACGGAUUUGAAAAAUAUGUUGGAAAAACUGAGAGAGAAAUUUCAAGUGAAAACAUCUUCAUGACGUAGUGCACCUCAAAAGUUGCUUGGUGUAAGGAUGUUGGUUAGAUAACUUAAAGUGUAGAAUUUGAAAUUGAAACAAAAUGAAGAAUUUUUGAAAUUA